GAAAAUCCCGUCCGUGGACCGUGUAUAUAAGACACUACACGUCGACGAACAAUCACAGUAGCAACUCGAAGAUUACUUGUCAGUUUUCCAUCGUCCGCUAAACUCGUCUUGUGAAAAACACGAUACACUCACACGUCAACAAUCAACAUGAACCGUCUGUCAAUUGUUUUGGUUAUUGCAUUUGUCAGUUACUCCCUGGGUGCACCGGAAAACAUUGAAUCGCACAGUGCAGACAUAAAUCAUGACUUAGAGCACAGCGGUGACCAUGAACUUGAGAAACAGAAUGGAUAUGGAGACGGAAAUGUAAACAAUGAUCCAUCUGCAUCAGAAAAUCCAAUUCAUGAUUUCGGAUGCGGUAAUUCCAAACGUAAAGCAUAUUGUCGUAAUUAUUGUAAAAAUUAUUGUGUUUCGGGAACUGAAAGAUGUAAAUGUUCGCAAUGUAUAAAUGCUUGUCUACGGAGAAAUAACUGAAUUUGAUAUAGUUAAAUUGUAUAAUGUAUGUAUAUUUGGGAUUAUUAUGUUAUUAUUAUUAUAUUUAAUAUUUUUGUUAAUUUAUUUGUAUACGAAGAAUGUAAUUAUGUAGUCAAUUAAUUUAAUUUUAUGCAAUUUGAUUGUAGUAAUCAUGAUAAUUUGUACUGAGAUGUAUGCAAAUUAAAUUUGAUACAUUUUUGUUUAUGUAAUUCUGUAUAUUAUAUUAUAUUUUACAUAA